AGGCCCGGGACGUGCCGGGCUGGCGGGCGGGCGGGCGAGCGAGCGAGGGGACGGCGUCCGGCGCACUCACUUCCGCGUCCCGCCGCCCUCGGCCCGCGCGCGUCCAGCCGCCGCCGCGAUCGAUCGGACAAUAGGCCGCCCGCCCCGGCCGCCGAGAACUUCCCGCCGCCCGGCCGGCGGUGCGCGGGGCCGCUCCUGCUCGGCGCGGGCGCGAUCCCAGCCCCGCGGCCGCCCGGGAAGCCGCGGGGACCCAGCGCCCAGGACGUACCUGCGCCUCCGGCCGCGCGUCUGGCGGCCUCUACGCUCUGGGUAAACCCGCUGCACCCCGGACCCUUCCGCGCCUGCUGCCUUGUGCGUUUCCGAGUUUGGUUAAAGAGGAUGUGACUUUUUGUUUUGUUUUGUUUUCCUAUUCUUUUUCCUUUUAUGAUUUGAAAAAGAGAAAACGCAGAGUAAGCUGGGACAGGGAAGCGCCACCAUCUGCCCCCACGUGGACACUUCGGAGGGGAAAAGAAGUUGCAGGAGAACUUGGUGCUUCUGGCCUUGAGGCCUCGACUGGGGCUGGACUCUAAGGCCCGGGGUCAUGACUCUGACUUUGGGCAGGUGGAGGGUGUUACUUGUUCUGGGCUGGACUUGAACCCCCUGUUCUUGGCCGCCCCCUCAAACACACACACACACACACACACACACACACACACACAUACAUACACUACCCGGCCCCUGGCCUAGGCCUCCACACCCCUCAGCAACAUGGACAAGUACCAGGACCUGGGCCUGGAGGCCAGUAAAUUCAUCGAGGACCUGAACAUGUACGAGGCUUCCAAGGAUGGACUCUUCCGAGUGGACAAGGGUGCAGGCAACAACCCGGAGUUUGAGGAGACACGCCGGGUGUUUGCCACCAAGAUGGCCAAGAUCCACCUUCAGCAGCAGCAGCAGCUCCUGCAGGAGGAGACCCUGCCCCGGGCUGGCGGCCGAGGACCUGUCAACGGCGGGGGCCGCCCGGGCCCGCAGGCCCAUCGGGAAGCUGGUGCAGGCAGCAGGCUGACCAUGGACGGCGCUGCCAAGCCCCCUCUGGCUGCCUCGACAGUAGCUUCUGGGACAGUCACCACCGUCGCUGCUGGGCAGCCCGUGUACCCAGCCCAGGAACAGAAGGCCAGGCUGUAUGGCCACACCAGGCCUAGCAGCCAGGACUGUGGUUCCAAGGAGAGCCCGGCCAGUUCCGAGAUGUCCGCCGUCCACGGGCUGAGCCCCUGCGAGGACCCUUCCUGCCUCACCCAUGGAGACUAUUAUGACAACCUCUCCUUGGCAAGCCCGAAGUGGGGUGAAGAACCAGGAGUGCCUCCCGGCAUCAGGCUGGGUGUAGGGACUGGGUGGCCUGGCGCCCCAGGCGGUGACCCAUCACCACCCACACCCUCCAGGGACCCUUACCUGUACCAGCCGCAGUUCUCCCCAAGCUCCAGCCGGUCGUUUGAGAGCGGCCAGGACGGUGGUGGUGAUGGCCGCAGCAGUGAGAAGCCAGCGGGUCUUUGGACCACUGCCUCCUCCCAGUGGGCACGCCCUGGCCUUCCCUCCCCAGGCCUGGAGAACGGGGCCCUCCUGGGGCCCACUCAGCCCAGAACCCCGUUUUCAGGGAGCUGCCCCAGUCAAGGAGCUCUUCCAAGAACAAACUCGGGGGCACGGAGUGAGGUUUCAGGCACGAUGCCCAAACUAAAUGCGCACCCUCAGUCCUGGUUCCAGGAUGGGCCCAAAUCCUACCUUUCUAGUUCUGGGCCAUCAUCUUUGCCAGCCAGCAUGGACAGUUUGCAGCUGGAUGCCGCCCCUGGGCUGGGUCCCAAGCCUGGCUGCACAGACCCUGGCACUGGUCCCAAGCUCAGCCCCAUCAGCCGUGUCCCUCCAGUGAUGUCCACCCCACUUGAGUUAUCUUGUAAAGAAGGUCCCGCUGGCUGGUCUUCUGAGGGUGGCCUGGGGUCUGUGCUCCCAGAGAGCCCCAGCCCCCACAGAGUGAGGCUGCCCUGCCAGACCCUCACCCCGGGUCCCGAGCUUGGGCCCUCGACUGCCGAGCUGAAAUUAGAAGCCCUCACGCAGCGUCUGGAGCAGGAGAUGGAUGCUCACCCGAAGGCCGAUUACUUUGGUUCCUGUGUGAAAUGCAGCAAAGGGGUGUUUGGGGCCGGCCAGGCCUGCCAGGCCAUGGGGAACCUGUACCACGACGCCUGCUUCACCUGUGCGGCCUGCAGCCGGAAGCUGAGAGGAAAAGCCUUUUAUUUCGUCAACGGCAAAGUGUUUUGUGAGGAAGACUUCCUGUACUCUGGCUUCCAGCAGUCAGCUGACCGGUGUUUUCUGUGUGGCCAUCUGAUCAUGGACAUGAUCCUGCAGGCCCUGGGGAAGUCCUACCACCCUGGCUGUUUCCGCUGUGUCAUCUGUAACGAGUGCUUGGAUGGGGUGCCCUUCACUGUGGACUCAGAGAACAAGAUCUACUGUGUCCGAGAUUACCACAAGGCUCAGAUGAGACCAUCCGUGUCGUGUCCAUGGACAGAGAUUACCACGUGGAGUGUUACCACUGCGAGGACUGCGGCCUGGAGCUCAACGACGAGGACGGCCACCGCUGCUACCCCCUGGAGGACCAUCUCUUCUGCCAGCCCUGCCACGUCAAGCGGCUGGAGAAAGGCCCCUCGCCCGCGGCCCUGCACCAGCACCACUUCUAGCGGAGCCUCUCCCAGACCGCGGGGCGGGGAGGGGCCAGGGCGCAAAGGACGAGUCCGCCUGUUGAUUCUGGGAGUGGAGUUCGGGGGGCGGGAGGGGGGGAGGCGUGGCCAGCGAGUGCCUGUGCGCAUGCGUGGGGCCCUUUCCUUUCAACCCUACCCGUCUGGGGUGUGUCUUUCCAAGGGCCUUGCUGGCUGCCCUGUGCGCAUCAGAACGCUCAGGAAGACGCUGCAGCAAGCGGGCGGCCUGAGGCGGGAGGUGGUCGCUUCAGAGGGCAAGGUGUGCGCUGAGCGUAUUCAUAAUAUCUUGGGGGAGAGGGUCCAGCUGCCGAUGCAUUCAACCCUUCCUCUCCCUCCAGGGAAAUAUUGCACCCCACGUGCCCCCCCCCCCCCCGCCCCACGCGCGCGCGCAGUGAUUUAGGGCUUCCUUCCCCCGCAGAGCUUCAUUCGGUGGAAGGGCUGCAAAUUGUAAUGGUGUUAGGGCGAGAGGGAAGCCCGAACACGUGCUCUGCAUCUUAGGGAGCAUUUUCUAGGUGAACCAGAGCCAAUGCUGAAAUAAGCGAGACGGGGGCGCCCUCCUGUCCCCCGCCCUCCCCCCCCCCCCCCCCCCCCGCCAGCACUCUGCGUGUCCCCGCAGAUCUGCACUCCCUGUGGGCAGUCAGGGGGGGGGCGGCGGGGGGGCUGGCGGAGACCUGCCCCGCUCUAGCCUAGCGGAGUGCCCUGGGACAGAGACCUUGGUGCAGGCACCAGGCCUCUUGGCCCACUGUUUGCCCUUUGCCCCUGUGGCGCUCUCCAGGGUCUGUGACUUGGGAGUCGCUUUGGCAAAGGCAGGUCUCAGGAUCCCACGUGCCCGUUCAGCUCAGGUCAGGCUGGGCUUCUGGAAGUCCCGCGUCCUGAGAGCCACCCCCUUACCCACGAGGAGUGUGUGUGCGUGUGUGAGGCCUCUCGGCCCGGUGGAGGGCGCGCCUGAGGAUAAGUUAUUACAGUCAUUUCACGGGUUUCUCUCUUGCCCCAAUCUUGGCACCGGCAUUAUUACAUUGGAAGAAACCGGUAUUAGGUACAGUGCUUUUGUCUUCUUUUGUCUUAACUGUUUCCCUCCACUUUCAGUCUUCCACACACACAAAAUACCUCACAGAUACGAGCAUCACCAAAUCGCAGGUCAAGGAGGAAGUGGACCGCCGCCGUGGGCUCAGAUUCCUUCUUCGGUGCCUUAGGAACAUCCAGCUUCAUGCCAGCCACACUCCAGUGGGUCAGGGCCCUGUGCCCCUAACCAAAGGCCAGCAGGGAAUAGGUGGAAACUGGGUGCUACUGCCUUACCUAUUUCUUCGUGCUGGCUCCCGGGGGGUGGCAUGGUCUGGAGGGCCACCCCCUGGCGAGUUUUCAAGGCAACUUCUGAACUGAGGAGGCACAAUUUGCCUUGCAUGUCACAGUCCUGAGGCCAGAGGUCAGGAUCCCUUGGUAUUUCAAUAAGAUACAUACGUUCAUGUUUGUCAAAGGUGGGCUGGCAUUUGCCCUCUCAGCCUGUGGAGAGGGACUCGGAGCCUUGUUGCUGGAGCACUGGGGCCAUCUCACCACGGCCAGCUAGGCUGGGGCACGACAGCUGGCGUCUGCCCUCUGCCUCCUCACCUGGCACCCUGAGCCAGGGGCCUGGGGGACUGGGGCCGAGGAGGGUGGUCAGGGGAGACACCCAGGGACUCCCAGACUUUCCCCCUGGCCCAGCUUCCCUUCCAGGUCACGUUUUUGGCUCAUUCGGUAACAGUUGCCUGUAAGAUGCGAGAAUUGACACCAUGGGUUGUUGCAUGAAAGUCAUUCUACUGGGGUCCUUUGGCCAGAUGCCACUUCCAGACUAUGUGCUAUCAUUGGUUCCUUUUCAUAGGCUGAGCCUCCUGAAAACCUGUGAAUGAGUGGGGCUGGGGAAGGGACCCCUGGGGCCACACCCCUCUCUCCCCAUCAAGUCAUCCAGUUUAGCCUGGGCAAGGCUGUGGGCAGAGGAAGCCAGCCAACGCGUCUCAGCCCGUCUUUGCCAACCACGAAUGUUUCUGGCCUCGCGGACUCACCUUUGUUCCACUUUCGAGUCCAGCGAGAGAGCCACGGACAGAAGUAGGAGGCGUUUGUUUGCAGAUUGGGUAACUAGUUCGUUAAAUCUGUGAUUCCGUCUUUGAAGUGAGAUUUUUAAAAUAGCCUUUAUUGGGGUGAUUCAGAUCUCGCUGUCAAUAUGGCAUUUUUUUGUGUCAUUGAAGAACAAUGAGAAUUACCAGACGAAACCCGGGCAGCAACCUCUCUUGUGAUCUGCGUCCCUGGAGAGGGUACCAGGCAGGACUCCCGAGUUUCUCUCUCCUGCUCAGGCCCUUGCACAUAAGCCACAAGGAGAUGUUCGCCUACCUGGUUAUUUUAAACAUUCUGUGUGUUAUUAGCCAAGUGGACCUGUAAUGAGGUUGUACUUAGAAAACAAGUGCCUGGUAGACCAGGAUGAAUAUGUUGGUUGUAAAAGUUAGAGCAAAUAGCCCUUCCCAAGUUCCCUAGACAACUCUGACUUUAGCUAAGUGAGGAGAGAAUUAUGGCCUGAUUCCAAACCCCAGCACCAGCCUCCAGCCUUCUCCCUUGCCUCAUUGCCCUUUAUUUUUUAUUUUUUUUGCCUCCCAUCGCCUCUCCCCCACCCCCUCAGGUCGGGCCUUUCAAAAACUGCCUGGGUGGUCUAAAGGUUGUAACCCAGGUUGGCCCGCUCUAUCAGGAUCUCUGUCUCUGAUGUUUCCCGUCUGUCACUGAGUAAAGAGUGAUUUAUCCAUCUCUCACCAUGGCAGCGCCUUUAGUCCUGUCCCUGUCACUGCCUGUUGUCCCCUGCCCUGCCCCCACAGGACUUUACUUGCUCGGCGGUUAGUGCUGGAGUGACAGCCUCGUUCAGCUGAGUCCUGAGGUUAUGCCAUUGAGUCCUGGGUGGUGGAAGGGAUUGUUGCGGAGUUCCAUCACCUUCAAGGGCGGCCAUCGCCUUUGUUUCCAUGGGCGGGGGUCACACAAAAGGAAAAAUAGGAAUGUUAGGACUUGAGAAUUAUCCACAAUCCUUUGCAGGCCGUUUUUGUGUGAAAGUGUGAGAACCGUGAGGGCUGCUGAUACUCUUGCAAAGAAUAUGUGCGAGACUUGCCCCCCAAACUGGUUGCUUGGUGUGGUUGUUAAUAAGACCCUGUCUGCCAGGAAAACCAAAUUCUUUGUGCUCUCCUUUGUGCCACGAAUAGUCCUAAUUUCCCAGUGACUAUUGGAAGUAACUGUUUAAAGUAAUAGAUAAAAAAUGAACAACAUAUAUUGGCUAUCCAUUGUGCUGAGCCAGAACGGGGCAGAUGUGGGAAAUUUCCAUCGAGAGCAUGAAAAUGUCACCUGUGCAGAGAAAAUUAUUUUCCUCGGUGUCUCUUCUUUUCUACAAAUUUAUUAAAAAAUGUACUGUUUCUAUAAAGUUAUGCACAAUGUUGUUCCUAAAAAAUUAUUUGAAGUUUUACUGUUUCUAUAAAAUGAUUUUAACAUGUCAUAACAAUAGAACUGCAUCAAUUUGUAGACCAUUAAAGUGCUCUCCAACUUGA